AUGCGUCAGCAUGGUGUGGACAAGUGGAAGAUAGAACUGUAUGAACGGUUUCCAUGUAGUAACAGAACAGAAUUGAGGAAGAAAGAAGGUGACAUCAUAAAGCAGAUAGGAACAUUGAGUUCCAUUGUAUCGGGACGUGACAAGAAAGAAUAUAGUGAGGCGAAUGCUGAGCAUUUGAAGGAGCGCAGCAGGAAGUAUGCUGAAGAGAACAAAGAGAAGUUGAAGCAGCGCUAUGAACACUACUAUCAAGAGAACAAGGAAAAAAUAAGUGAGAGGAGCAAGAUGCGUAGGGAGACUCUUACAGAAGAGCAACGCGAGAUAAAUAGACAAAGACGCAAGGAAUACUAUGAUAAACAUGCGGAAGAAGAUAAAGAAAGGAGUAAACAGUACUAUCAAGAGAACAAGGAUAAGAUCAAUGAAAGAAAGAGGCAAAUGCGAAAGCAAAAGAAAGAAACGAUGGGAGCAGCAACGAAUAAGAAGGAAGGCGAUGAUGAAUUAGUUGAAGAUAUUGGUAGACUUGAUAUCAAUCAAAAUGAAACUGACUAA